AUGUCUCAUGUCUCUACCCUCUCUGGGUCGUCGCAGUCUAAUGGGAAGACUUCGACGUCUUCCAAGACUACGUUCCACUUCCUAGCAGGGCUCUUGUCCGGCCUGACCUCCUCCAUCCUCCUUCAGCCCGCUGACCUGCUGAAGACCCGCGUCCAGCAAUCCCGGCAGACUGCGUCUCUCCUCCCGACCAUCCGAUCUAUUCUCUCCUCUCCUCACCCCGUCCGCAGUCUAUGGCGCGGUACGCUUCCCUCCGCCCUCCGAACUGGUUUCGGGUCGGCGCUGUAUUUCACCUCCCUCAACGCCCUCCGCCAAGCUGUCGCGCAACGUGGUCCUGCAAUCGCUCUGGCCGAUAGUAAUGCUGCUAACCGUGGGAACGGCUACUCCUCAUCCGCGCUGCCCAAGCUCUCACAUACCGCGAACCUCGUCACCGGCGCCGUCGCCCGGGUUGCAGCAGGCUUCGUGAUGAUGCCUGUGACCGUACUGAAGGUGCGGUACGAGUCGGACUAUUAUGCCUACCGCAGCUUGCUGGGUGCCGGGCGGGAUAUCGUCCGGACGGAGGGCGUCAAGGGUCUCUUCACGGGGUUUGGGGCCACAGCUGUGCGGGAUGCGCCUUACGCAGGGCUCUACGUCUUGUUCUACGAGCAGUUUAAACGAAAUCUGUCCGGGAUCGUCGACAGCCGCUCUUCCUCAUCGUCAGAUAACAAGCUUCCGAUAUCGUCUUCGACGAUCAACUUCGCUUCGGGGGCCUUUGCGGCCGGCCUGGCGACGGCGAUCACCAAUCCCUUCGACGCCGUCAAGACGCGGCUGCAGCUGCGUCCGGAGAAGUACCGGAACAUGGUGCGUGCUGUCAGUUUGAUGGUCCGCGAGGACGGUGUCCGCAGCCUCUUCAGUGGGCUGGGUCUGCGCAUGGCUCGCAAAGCCCUCAGUUCCGCACUGGCCUGGACGGUUUACGAGGAACUCAUCCUGCGUGCCGAAAGAAGGUGGUCGGUCCAGGAUGGAAUCAGUCUGUAA